UUGUCUUGUUGAAAAGUGGUGACUAUAGUGUUUAUUAUUCUGAAUGUUGGGGUGGUACGGGGUGAACUUUCGCUUGCCAGCUGCAUCCAUACCCAUUGAGGCUUGCACAACCGAGUGACAUAAAGACCGUGCGCAUCGCUCACCUGCAUACAUUCUGUCCAAAACCUCUCUGCCUUCCACCUCGUGUUUUUUCUCCUUCAUUUUUCGUGAUCAAUUUUGACUCGGUUGCAACUUGGGCCCGGCAUGAUGGCAGGGAAAUCGACGUUGAUGUUCUGCUGCACCCUGGUUUUGCUGGCAGUUCUCGUGGCUGAGGGUUGUCGUCAGGAAGGGGGGAUCAGCAAGCGGUCACGGAAAGAAAGAUGGCCAGAACUCGUUGGCCAGACAGGACAGAGGGCCAAGACGGUCAUUGAGAGAGAGGACCCAACUCUGCAGGUGGAGAUUGUCCCGUACGGCCAGGUCGUCACUGCUGAUUACAAUACCAAUCGGGUUCGAAUCUUUCUCGAUCGUGAAAGAAGAGUCGCCGCACCUCCCACGAUUGGCUGAUUUGGGGAGGAAGAAUUCCAACCUCUCACUCAUCACUAUAAAGCCGUUUUCAUCUUUUUUCCCCAAAGAUUAUAUCAAACCUUAUGUAUGUAUUAGUUUAACCUCAUACUGUUUGAAAAGUCACAGACAGUCAAAAACUUCAUCCAGUUCCCCUGCCAUGCCUUUAUACACAGGCUAGCCACACCAACAGUCAGAUCAUAAUUAUUCGAAGCAAGCACUGUACUAGUCAAAUUCAGUCAACAGAUAAAGCAGGCAACUGGUAGGCACAACUGGCUUAUAAAUCACACACAGUCAAAGCAUAGCUGUGUCAAGUUACAUAAACUAUCUCUCACAGUCAAAUUUCCGCACGAAUUUUCCCGACGCGUUUCGUCGCUUCCGAACAAUCGCAUUACGUAUAGACAGGGAGCACUAAUAACCGUUAAAAACAGUCACUUGACUUAUUUUCACUGAAAGGACAACUUUUCAUAAUUAUAUAGGAAAAGCUCUCUUUUUUCGGAACAAAUGUGUUACUUUCUGUGUUUUAAUAUUCAUAUUCACAUACCCAUUGUCAUGAGUGAGUAAAAGCUACGUCGAUUGUAAGAUGAUUUGUUUGAAUAGUAAAUUGCUAUAAUGCCUAUCACAACAGUGA